UUCAUGUAGUUUUCUUUCUCUCCUCACUUCAUGUUCUGGUUCAGAGCCUCGUUUUCAAACUGAAUGUAUCUGCUUUAUUGCAGCUAAAUGUUUGUCAUGAUAGUGUGUGGAGAGGAAACCACAGUCACAGAGGAAGGAGGAGGGAUUUACUUGAUGUGAACAUGAACUAAUCAAAGUGCAGAUUUGAUAUAACCGAGUGUCAGGAUGGAGGAAACAUCUCUACUGUGGCUGCUCUUUCUGACCUCACUGCUGAGCUGCGCAACAAACCAAGCCUCUCUGACUGUGAGUCCCAGCAGCUCUCAGCUGUUUGAAGGAGAGUCUGUCUCUCUGAGCUGUGAGGAGGACGACAGCUCUGCUGGAUGGACGCUGACGAGGAACACAACCAGAGAAACCAGGACUCAGUGUGACAACUGGGGAGAACCUGCUGGUUCUUCCUGUACCAUCAGCCACGUCCUCCCAUUGGACAGUGGAGUUUACUGGUGUGAGUCCAGAGAGGGAGCAACCAGUAACACCAUCAACAUCACUGUCACUGGUGGAUCAGUGAUCCUGCAGAGUCCUGUCCUUCAUGUUAUGGAGGGACGUGUCGUCUCUCUGCACUGUAAAACAGAUACCCCUCCCUCCAACCACCCAGCUGCUUUCUAUAAAGAUGGCUUCCUCAUCAGCACUGAGUCUACAGGUCACAUGACCAUCCACCAUGUUUCCAAGUCUGAUGAAGGGCUCUACAAGUGUCACAUCAGCUGUCAUGGAGAGUCUCCACCCAGCUGGAUCUCUGUCUGCGCUGUCCAAUCAAGAGCAACCAGCUAUGGAAACAGGAAGCAACUUGUCAUGAGCUGUAAUGUAACCUAUAAAAAUACCUUCUGGAGGUGAAAUGAUUCAUUAAACUGAACUGCCGAUCCUUUGUAAA